AUGGUCGCCAUGUCCAAGAUAUCGGCCUUUGCCACAGGAGCAGCUGCGGUGACUGCAGCGACGGCCUUCGUAGCGCCACAGACGGCCAGGCAGUCGACGCAGCCAACGCUCCGAGGCACUCAGCAGAGGUCCGCCGCAGGGACCAGCGCAGCAGGCGUUAGCCUUGGCCUUGGAGCCAUGGGCCUGGCUGCGGCCCUGGUGCGCCCGGCGCUGCCGGCGGUGCGGGCGGGCGUCGUGCGCUGCGCCUACGACGCCUCCGGCGAGAUUGGUGCAUGCGACCCCCUGCUGUUCUGGGACCCAGUCGGCUACUGCCAGGACGGCUGCACAAAGGAGGACUUCGACCGCCGCCGCGCAGUGGAGCUGAAGCACGGAAGGCUCUGCAUGGUCGCCUCGAUCGGCAUGCUCUGGCCGGACGUCUUCGGCAAGUUCGAUGGCUACUUGUCGCCAUCACAGAACUUGAAGUUCGCGGACGUGCCCUCAGGAAUUGCUGCGGUCAGCAAGGUUCCGCUGGAGGGAUGGCUUCAGGUCCUGCUGGUGGCGGGGCUCAUUGAGACGCAGCUCUUCAAGGAUCAGUCCUUCGGAGGCUUUGCCUAUGGCAAGUACGGGGCAGAGCCGGGCAACUUCGGCACUGGCUACUGGGGCAGGAAGAUCCAGGACCCAGCCGAGCGUCGGCUGAAGCUGACCACCGAGCUGAACAACGGGCGGCUGGCAAUGAUUGCCAUGGCCGGGAUGCUGAUCCAGAAUGGCCUCACCGGCCAGUCCCCGAUCGAGCAGCUGCAGGCUGGCCACUACUCGCCCUUCAACGAUGGCCAGGGCUUCUUCGCCUUCGACCCUUCCCAGGAGCUCGGCGCCUGCCCUCCCCUGGGCUACUGGGACCCCUUUGGCAUGAUGGCGUUCCAGGAUGAGGAGAAGUUCCGCCGCAACCGCGAGCUGGAGCUGAAGCACGGAAGGAUCUGCAUGGCCGCCACCAUCGGCAUGAUCGUGCCUGACCUCUUUGGCCGUUUUGGUGGCUACCUCUCACCCAGCGCAGGCCUCAAGUUUUCGGACAUCCCCUGCACUAUUGAGGCCAUCUACAAGGUCCCGACCUUCGGCUGGUUGCAGAUCUUUGCUCUGGCCGGCGCCAUCGAAGCCAAGAACCAGGCCUUCCCAGAGAAUUAUGGCUAUCCUCCCUUCUGGGGUCGGAUCAACACCCUUGAGCCAGAGGAGAAGCAGAAGAAGCUCUUGGCGGAGAUCAACAAUGGACGUUUGGCGAUGGUUGCCAUGGCCGCCAUUGUGGCACAGAACGGUGCCACCGGCCAGUCCCUUGUCGAGCAGUUCACCACAGGAAAUCUGAACCCCUUCGUGGGUGGCUAUGCUCAGCGCGAGGCCUCGGAUCGCCUGGCGCUGCGUGCUGAGUUCGGCUCCGGCGCAGGCAAGUCCACGGCCCUCCCGUGGGACCCCAUCCCGGAGGGCCUCACCAACGACAUCUUCAACCCGGUCUACGUGGGCGACGUGGGCUUCGACCCUGCAGGCUUCGCCAAGAACCAGCGACUGCUGCCUUGGUAUCGUGAAGCCGAGCUUGCGCACGGCCGCGUUUGCAUGCUGGCAGUGCUCGGCUACACCGUGCAGACUGCUGGCGCCAAGUUCGAGCCCUUCAUCACCCGCUACCCGACGGACUCGGCGGACCCCCUGAAGGCGGCUACGCAGGUGCCCAUCAUCGGCUGGCUCCAGAUCAUCGUCGUGAUCGCCCUGUCUGAACUGUGGCGCUACGAGAACGUCAUUAGCAAGUACUCUCAGGGAGUCCAGCCUGGAGACCUCGGCUGGAACCCGACCGCUCCCGUGAGCAGCCCACGCCCCAAGUGGUUCGGGCCGACCUUCACCGCCGCGUACCAGCCGGAGGAGUGGAACAACAUGAAGUUGCGGGAGAUCAAGCACUGCCGUUUGGCCAUGGUGGGGUUCUUCUUCAUGGUGCUCCGAAACGCAUCCACAGGCGAAGGGCCGUCGCUGCUGCCGAACUUGGCGGCGGCAGAGUUCCAGUCUUCCGUCGGCGACUUCAUUCCCAGGGACAUCUGA